CUUAGAAUCCUGAAAGAAAAUUCAAAUGAUCCCGUUCCUUAUUAUUUAUAGAAAUACUAGUGAUGAUGAUGGUGAUAAUGCAAUGCUAUGACUCUGUCACGAUGAAAACCCCGAGCUUAUUUAUUAGACUACCUAUGUAGUCACCUUGACUUUAUUGAGGAACUGGUCUAGGAAUAGCAGGAAUAGCGACAAAAGCUGUUCGCGUGGCUUGGGUCUUCGAUUGGGUGUCAGCUGACCUUCUACCGCCUACCCCUCCAUCUUACCUACCUAGGUACCAUAGGCGUUCAUGAUCACGAUGGCAAAAUGGGAGGUGAGCGCGGGGAGCUUCUGGACCAGGUGGCAUAUAUUACGAUGAUGACGAUAGAUCCCGUGAUGAAACCAUUCAGAGUAAUUGUGAAUUUUGCUUAGGACCUGGAUAGCUGAUACAAAUGUAUUAGGUUCCCACCAUGUUGAUUCCAAUUCUUCGAUAUCUCUUUGAUCCUUUCAAGCUGUAUGUGCUUAUUAUCAGCUGGGAGCACUCAUUCUCGAAGUCGCUUGUCUCAAAGAACCGAUGACGUAGGUUUAUGAUGGAAUUCACAUGAAUGCAUCGACAUCAUUCGGCAUCGUCAUCUGUUUCCCCUUUUCUACCCUUUCUCCCCUUUCUCCCCUUUCCCCCUUUCUCUUAUUCAUAUUAUCCAUAUUAUCCAUGAGACAAGGGCCAGCUUCGACUGACAAUCAGAAACUCCAGCUCAUCUCAGCUCAACAGAACAACACAGCAAGCUGUUCGAGGGCCCCACUCGAGCAUGUCUAAACUGGGUAUAGUGAGGGGCUCCAAGCUGAUUGCGCAUGUGCAUCUAUGUUGUAUGUAGGUAUGUAGUACUAGGUGUUUAAUUGUUCGUACAAUGGGAACUGGUCGGUUGCAUUCUCGACCUUAUCGCUCCUGUAUUCUGUACAUACAUACUUUAAUUACCUACACAACCUGGUAGGUAGGUAGACCUUGAAGAUUGAGGUUCAAAGGCCCUAAUAUGAUAUAUCCAUCGUAUACUAAUUGAAUGUAAUGUGAAGGACAGCCGUCGUUCCCGCUGUAGGCUGUGGGUGAGUUGUCGUUGGACAAGUCUAACUCUUAUGCAGUCCUACACAGCUCAACCAAACAAAGGCUUGCCCGUAGCUUAUGCGUGAUGAGGAAGUCAAUAAUACUACUUAGGUAAAUAGAUAUACGAU